AUGGCGGUGAACAACUGCCCGUCGAAGCCGCACCCGCAAGGCCAGAGCUGCGUGCUGCCGUGGCUGGGUCGCUUCUCCUUCGAGCCGCUUAAUAUCAACCCUCUCUUCGGACCGACCGCCUUAACGCUUCAGGAGAUGGGCGCGCUGAACAGUAACCUGGUUACCAACUACCACCAGGGCUGGCGGCUGGUAACGGCCAUGUGGUUACACGGCGGCAUGGUGCAUCUCGUGUGUAACCUCCUCGGCAUCGCCUUCCUUCUCAACCGCCUCGAGAAGGAGUUCGGGCUGUGGCGACCAACGGUCAUCUACCUUCUCAGUGGCGUCUUUGCGGCUGUCUUCUCCUGCCUCUUCCUCGACACACAGAUCAGCGUGGGUGCAUCUGGAGCGUUGUUUGGGCUGGUGGGUGCGUGCCUGUCGGAGCUGCUGAUCAACUGGAAGCUCUACGACAAUCGGUUCUCAGCCCUGAUGACGCUGCUCAUCCUCAUAGCCAUCAAUCUCGCCAUCGGCCUCAUGCCCUACAUUGACAAUUUCGCCCACAUAGGCGGCUGCAUCGCCGGCUUCUUCCUCGGCUUCGCUCUGCUGCUCAAACCUCAACACGGCUUCAUUGACCUCCGAGACAGCUCUGGCGUGGCGGCGGCGACGGCGAUUGCGGUGGCGGGGAGGGAUCCCGUGACUAAGGAGCAUUCGACCUGCCAGGUCUACACGCGGAUUCUCUCCGGGAUAAUCUUCAUGGCUCUCUUCUCGCUCUGCAUGGCGGUGCUAUUCACCAAGGGCAACGUGGCAGGGGACUGCACGUGGUGUCGCUACAUGUCGUGUGUGCCCACGCCCUGGUGGACCUGCGACCCCAAUGCCCCCGGCACGCAGGGCCAAGGGCCUGUUUGCCAGGUCCGUUCCUAUCAAAAUGGCACUGCAGUGGUGGUGAGUCUGUGGCACGUGGACAACGCGUUCCACCUCCUCAACAACAACCUGCUCCCAGCACUGCUGCACCUCCUGGAGAUGGGCGUGCUCCCCCGCGUGCCAGUACCGCCACGCACUGCUGCUGCCUCUGACCGCCUGAGUGCAGCUGGUGAUGGCAGUGGCGCCGGAGGGAGUGAUAGUUGGAACAGCAGCAGCAGUGGCAGUGGCAGUGACAUUGGCAGUGGCAGUGGCAGUGGCAGUAGUGCUGGUGCGAGUUACGGUGGUGCAAGAAGCAGCGGUAAUGGGCGGAGCAGAAAAGGGCUGACUGGCUGGCAUGGGUCGUCUUCUCUUGGCUCGUCCGCUAAUCGCUUCUUACAGCGCGUGCAAGAGAGGCUUGCAGAAACCAUGGAAAAACACACAAGUAGCGGAGGAGGUGGCAGCAUGAAGGAUCGUCUCCUGGGGCAGGACAGAGGAGUCAGGAAAUCGGGUCUACUGGAGGGGAGAGAAGGGGCCGAAUGGGGGCAGGACGAGGAGGAGGGGUUGCGUGUGUGCAUGCUAUUCUACCUUGGGGAUGAGAGGCUCAACCAGUAUCCCUCAUCAGCCGUGGCGAUUCUAUGGAGAAUAUUCCAAUGCAGGAUUCGGCUGAGCGACACCCAGGGUUUGAGUCGGCGAAUCUGCUUCCGCCACCUGGCGUAUGGGCAGCGUGGAGCAUUCCCUUUUUACAACAGCUCCUCCUCUCUCCCUGGCUUUGAUCAGUUCCCUGCUGUCAUCGCAACCUAUCGCUCCCUCGCCUUCUCCCUCUUCAACAUUUUUCCAGCUGCCCGAGCUGUGGUUCCAGGGCCUCACGGCCAAUCGGAAGCUAGGGAUGGUACCCCAAGAAGGACCUUGGAGUUUCCCUCUGUUGGGCCCUUGAAGGCCGAGAGUAGCAGCUUGGCAGUUCAAGGGCCAAAGGUAGCGUCAGUGGGAGGAAAGGGACAAUUGGUUGGGAAUUCAGGUAGUGAAGAACUAUCAGUGAUGGCAGAUGCUGGGAGCCUCACUGGAGCACACAUGUCAGACCAGCACCAGCAGCGGAAGCAGCAGCAGCAGCAUGCCUCUCUGCCUGUCCCAGGCAUAUACUCCAACGGUCCGAUCGUGGUGUAUUUCCCUCGGAGCUCAGCUUUCGGCGACGAUCGUUACAUCACAUUCAUCGAUCCCUGGGUGGAAGCCAUGGGUCGCAACGGCUUCCAUUGUGUCGUGCCCUGCUGUGACUUCUCACACGAGCCUGUUGAGAAACACUUGGCUCUUUUCGCCGCGGCUCAUAUAAUGGUGGGUUUGCAUGGAGCAGGCCUCACAAACGCCUUAUACAUGUCGCCAGGGCGGCUCUUAGUGGAGUGGCAGGAUGAGUUUGCGUUGGGCACUGGGGGUAAGGAUCGGGAGCUGUUGUUUCACUGGGUGGCCAAGCAUUCAGGUUUGAGGUAUAUGGUGGAAGAUGUGAGGCAACUGCAUGUUACUGGGCACGGCAUUGUGAUAAAUAGGGAAUGGGCAACCCGUUCUGCUGCACGUAUUGUAGAAGAAUGGCGUAUGCUGAUGUUGGAUACAUGA